AUGUUAAAUUAAUUAAAAAACUAUUUUUAAUAUUAUAUACAUCAAAAAUUUCAAUAAUAGCUUGAUUUGCUUCAAAAAUAAAGGAGAAUUUGUUUUUGUUAAGAGCUAUAAUAUUUGUAAAUUAAAUAAAAGAAAGAAGUAGAAAAAACAAAUAGAAGUAAUUCAAAAUUAAAAAUGACUCAAAGAAAAAAUAUUAAUUAGUAAAGCGAGUAAUUUAUUAAUGACGCUUACUCGUAAUAGUAAAUAAAUGAUAAAUCUUGCCAAAAGUAAUUAUUUUAAUCUAGAAAUACGAAUGUUAAAAAUGGAUUACCUGGAGAUAAUAGCAUAAUUCAUAGUUAUGUAGAUGCAGCAGAACAUUAAAUAAAUACAGAGUAACUCACUAUAGUUUAGGCGAGUAAUGAAAAGACUUAAGAGUUUAAAGAAGACAUGUAUUUAGAUUUAUAAAAUAUUAAUUAAGAGAUAGAUCACUCUGAUGUUUCUUAUUAUAAUUAUGAUUAAAGUAAAUGGUUUUCAUAAUAUUAUGUUUAUAUCUCUAUGAUUUAUUUUAUUCUUAUCUUUACAUUUUUAUCUAUUUUUAGUAUUUUUAUUUUUAAAAAUACUUUUUAAAUAAAAUAAAUAUAUUAAAAGAAAUUGAUAGCAGUAUGUAAGAGCAUGAAACAAAUGGCAUAUGCAUGA